AUUAGCUUUUAUCAACUGUAUGGAACAAUCAUAAGUAUUCUAGAUCAAAAAGACCUGAUGGGCUUAAGCUACCAUCAUUUUGGACGCCCAUGUGAUAUAAGAUAUGUACGAUAAUUUUGUGAAUUAGAAUGGUUGCUUUCAAAUAGCUUCUCCAGUCUUGGAUCCUCACAUUGUUCGAAGCUUCGCAGCAAGUACCUCAGUAGAAGACGAAGUAGUCAUGGAUCGUGCCCCGUCUUUCAAGUCUGGCGUACCAUCGUCCCGUGACCUUCUCCUCGUUGCUUCAGAGCUUGGUAGCUCCUGGAAGAUGCUUGGUCGUAUCCUGUGCCUUUCUGAACCUGUUUUAGAACAGAUCGAGGAGGACGAGCGCAAUCUGACUGAAAAGUGCUACGGUGUGUACAAAAUAAAUAUCAGUAAGAUAGUUUGAUAGAUCCUAUUACAUGAGUAAGAUUACAGACUAAUAGGGUAAUAUGAGGCUCUGUUGAUGAUAAAUUGAAGUAAAAAGGUUUCAGUUCUCACUUUUUGUAAUUAUUUUGCUCCUGUGCGCAAUUUUUACUUUCGCUUUGAUAUGGACUGUUUUCUUGCAAGGUAGCAUGAAUAACUCUUCGGAAGACAAAAAUGAGGAAAGAAAAAAGACAGUCGAUUGAACCCUUUGGAAUACACGGAACUGUGCAAAAAUCUCCCACUUUUUAACAUUGCCAGUAUAGGCAGCAGCAAGCUGCUAUAGCAUUAUUUUCGAUGUGUAGACACUUAGUGUCUAGAAUCAGUUGGCCAGUUAUUCGGGUCAAAUUUUAUCACCCAGGUAUUCAACAUACAGAAAUCCGAAAGACAUCUAAACGUACAGUCAGUAAGCUAUGCAUCCGUGAACGAAUAGUCAGAAUUUUUACCUACCGUUAGAUUUUGCCAAGAAACGUUAUAUUUUUCUCGAUCAUUUCAAGCAGUCCUUUUUUGCUGUAAUGCCAUUACAUUAAGAAAACUGUGUAGUGAACAAGACUUCUACUUUUCUCCUUAUUGGUAUACAUUAACGCUACACAACUCUUUUCAACACACUGUCCAAUUUACAGCUGUGUUACUGAAGUGGAAACAAAAAGACGGACCCGCCGCAUCGUAUGAGUACCUGGCUCAAGCCUUACAGCAUCCUAUUCUAGGAAAAUCAGAAUUGGCAACCAAGUAUUGUCACUCAUUCAGGGAGACAGGUGAGAGCAGGUUUUGUGUGACUCAAUUUAAUUUACUGAUUAUCCUAGUGUUAAACGAAGUCUAUUUGAGCCACACACCUAAGGACCUUCCCGCUCAAGAUGCCCGGCCUUGAAGAGACAGAGAUAUACAGAGUUGAUAAAAGUGGAAAGCGUGCUAGACUUCUUGACCUUUGAGUAUGGUGUUUAGUAAGCUGUUCGCCCCAAUGCGGUUUCGCUUCCUAAACAUUUACGUACAUAAGUUAACAGUUCUGAUUAAUGAUGGCAAUAGGGCUGCGUAGAGUCGGUCCAAUGGCAUUGCGCUCAGUAGCUAUCUAUGGAACUGAAGCUCAGACAAACAGAAACAAAUUGAAAUUAAUAUUAGCGAAUUCAUCAAGUGUGUUUAUGUUUUGCCUGACGAGUCACUGUGACGUCAUUUAUAAACUGUGCUAUACGGCAUUUAAUCAUACGAGUAAUCGCGAGUUUGAUUUCCUCCCCAUGCCAAUUGGAAGACACGAAGUUCGGUUACCAAUUAAUCAUAACCAUAACAAAAGUUCAAAUAUUUUGAAUGAAUAAAAAUGUUUUACUUUUAAAAAGCUUAAAUAAUUAGUCCCCGAGCUAAUUCUUCAUAACUGUGCCGGCGCUGACCAUAUUUGGAAGAUGCAGGCAAAAUACAAUCGAUACGAUCGCAACCUCGUUUCCAGGCAGCGGCGCGGCAGCCUAGCUGUUUAUGCAUUAAUGAACCCAAACAAACCGGCUAAAGAGUUCACGGCUUUCCGAAGACGAAUUAGCCGAUUUUCUGACCAAACCUCGUCAUCUUCAGAGGCACUGUUGGUCUCUUUUUGAGACUGUUAGUCACUGACUGCAAGUUCCUAUAUCUGAUGUUAGAAAAUGUCGCCACACAGAAGACUGAUUCACAUCUGAGCGACCCGCAGGACUCAGUCGAAAUGGUAAAGAACAACAAAGAGACAGGAUUGCAAUGUUCCUUAAACAAUGGUGACGUGAAAGACAGGGAGUCUGUGUUAUCGAAGGAAGAGACUUGAAAUUCAAGCGUGCAAAGUAAGUCUGUUUUAAAGGAGGAUAAUGUUACAAGGAUGUUUCUGUUUAGGUCCGUUUUGUGCUAAAAUCAUUAUUAGUUCCCUUGCCCAUACAUAAAAUGCUCCUGUCGUGUCCCUUAGAGUCAUAAAGAAGAUGUCAAACAAAUUUCAACGGCGAACACUGACCAUAAUAUUUUUUGUUAAUUUUUGCUGGCAAAGCACGACUUGAAAAAGGUACCCCAACUUUUUCAAGUUUAAAUCCAUCUCUAUCCUUGCCAUCCGUAGCAAAGACGACGGGAAAAAUUUUUCGUACCUAAUUACAGUCUUAAGUAACAAAAUUGGAAUCCAGUUGAUGCGAAAAACACGUCGAUGACAUAGCCCCUUUAAUUGUAGUAAGUACCUGCGUUCCCAAGUUCGGGAAAAAGUAUGCGCGACGAGACCACAAAGCAACAUGAGUAAUUUGUUUAGAAAAAGUUACCAAAUUCAGUCAAGAAGCAAAGUUCUCCUGCUUGUUUGUCUUCUUAUUGCAAGGGAAAUUUUCCCGCCUCGGAUUGUUCGGUUAUUUACAGUGCAUAAAUUUUCGCCAUUGCUGAUAAUUCUCCAUCAUUGUCUCCGAUUAUUGGACACUGUGUUCAAAGUUAGGCCCCGUUUAUUAUACAUGGAGAAAGGUUGACCCGCCCAACCGAACUACCCUGGGCAAGCCAACUCUUCAAUAAAAAGUUGACGUUGCGAACCGUUAACAUCAGAAAAAAAACGUUGGCUCGGCUAGAAGGGUGAUCUGCCAAGUUGGGUUACCCUUCUGUAACGAGUAACCCUUCUGCCCGACUUUUCGACUUUUCGCAGGUCCAUAUAAACGGGGCCGAAGAGAUGAGAAAUCUGAGUUCAAUAAACAACUAAACACGUCAUCAUGUAUACGCACGGCCAUGCGUGUAUUAAGGGUUUUUUUAUACCUUAGCGACUCAACAAGACUUAUAGCGGAGCUCCACCCGCGCGCGAAGCGCGCGCGUGGGCGGAGCCCCAUAGCUAAGGAAAUGUGGUAAUCUACUCAUCCCAGAAAAUUUGGUAAUCACGUGACCGUACACCGAGCGAGCGAGCGACCGUCCGUCCGCACCACAGGCAUACCAAUGUAAAAUAACUCAAUCAACAGGUAUGGGAAGCCAAAUGCAACUCAAGGAUUUAUUUGGAAGGAAAUCACAUGGCCGCCCGGACUUUUAGAAAGAAAAAAGUCGUGUCUUUUUCGGCGUUAUUUUUUAUGUGUACACUAACGUGGAUAACAGAGAAAGAGCUAGAGCGAGUUAUUGAAAAUUCGUAGGAAGAAAAACAUGGAAAUUCAGAGCGGCGGUGAGAAAAUGAGAAAUGCUAGCGGCCAGCAAGGUGAAAAUGAGCGGCAGUGAAAAAUAAAAGCGAACAUGAACACUGGAAACAAAAUAUUGGGUAAGCACAUACGACAAUUUCUCCAUAAAAAUAGUGUGUAACUAGGAAGUUUGACGUUUUAGUCGUACAAAACAGCGUUGUAGUCGUGCAAAACAACGGCAAGGGAAAGACAAAAAAGCGUGCUGCACGUGCAAAUUUGUUUUUUGCUAAUUAGAAGAAAAAGUGUGCUGCACGUGCAAUUUAAUUUUUUGCUAAUUAGAUCUAUUAGUCUUGAAGCCAUUUUCAUUGUCGUCCCCCGUUUAGCAUAACAAGAUUUAUUUUUUUUAGUUUACACGUAUUAUUAACCAGAGCUUCGCUUUUAGCCCUGGCUAAAUCUAUAUAUUAUAGGGCAAGCACCUUAUAAAGCUGUGUAAAAAUUGAGCUAUAGUUAAAGAAUCGUAAGCCACCAAAACUGCAGAAAUGCAGGAAGCAAAAAUCACUAAACCGUUAAUUCACUGACAAAUUAUGAGAUUUUCAGGCAAAUUUUCCCAAAAAGUGCAUGUUGAUUGUGUGCGUGGCUGAAAUUUUCAGCGAUAGCUUAAACUCUGCUAUGAGCUUUCAAUGUUCACAGUUUCCAUUUCAGUCGCUUAACCAGAGAGAGUGAUGAGCAUAUGCCAAUGUGGCAAAGCAUUUGAACAAAGAUACGGGCUCUCUUGUAGUUUCUUCUUCAGCACAAGAACGAAUUUAAUCGCCUUUGAAGGCUGCAGUUGUCACUAUCGAUAGCGACGGCUUCAAACACGUCUUUUAAAAAGUGAAUUCGCACUGUUUCAAACUUUAUCGAGCUUAUUCCAUCUCGUUCAAUUCGUCCAAUUUUGGUGAUUUUUUUCUGGAGUUGAAUUCUGAAAGACUUCAUCGAAGUUCAGAAAAAAAGAAAAAGAAAGUCACCAAAACUGUCUUGUGUUCACGUCCCACACAAAACGUGAAAUUAGAGUUUCUCUCGUCGUAGUCGUGCAGUGGCGGCAAAGAAACAUACAAAUGUACAAAAAAGCGUGAUGCACGUGCAGAGUUGUUGUUUUGCCAUUCUAAAUCUAUUGCUUUUAAUCGGCCGUUUUCGUUGGCGUCCUCUUCGUCGUUGCUUACGCUCCCUUUUUUAUCCCUAUACAGGUGUUCAUCUGAGAUAAAUCAAACUCGUUUCAGCAGCAGCUCGUUAUGGCCGACCGUGUCUUUAAGCCUUUUGUUCCUCUGUUGUUUGGCAAUGUCUCUGGAUGGUGAGAUGAGCAAGCUUGAUCUUUGCCCGGCUUCCGUACAUAAGGCUGACAAAAAGAAUUUAUUGGUUGCUUUGUUCAGAAUUGUACCCACACCACAACACACAAAGGAACCUACAGUGGUUUCCGCAACACCAAGAAACACAGAAAUAUGCCUACAGCAAUGUAGAAAAGACGUUUUGACAUACAAACCUCCAAAGAACUUCUACUAUUUUUUUAAUUAACCUUAAGAUACUUGGCAUUGCCUUCAUAGAUAUACAUAUAUUUGUAAAAAAAAAUUAAUGUGAAGUAGGAAUACGGUUGUAAAUUCUGCUGGUGUACACCACCCGGUGCAAAAGUUAAAUCUGUUUUUGUUUUUAUUACUCCUUUGAACUUGGU